AUGUAUUUACAUCAUCUUUCUACGGCUGAGGAUUUUGGUAAGUUGGGGUUUCUUGCUUUUACUCGUACCGAGAUUGGGGAAAUUGUAAAAUUUCAUUAUUUUGAAUAUAAUGAGAAUCCUGAGUCAACAACACCAAUUGAGAGAGUUAGAAGGCUUAAUAUCAUCCCUCCGAUUAUUAGAUAUAUCAAUCGCUUAGACUUUAUUGGUUCGUAUAAUGGUUUGACAUGUAUCGUUGUACAUUCAUCUGUUUAUAGUUGUAACCCGGUCACCGGAGAAUAUAUUGUUCUUCCAGAAAUCAAGAUAGAUUAUCGUGUUGUUCAGUGUUGGACUACCGGGUUCGGUUACGUUGCUGCAACCAAUGAGUACAAAGUUAUACGAGUGCUUAUGUUGAGGAAAAAGUCUGUCGAAGUCCACAUGUAUACUCUAGGUAGUGGAAAUGGCUGGAGAAACCUGGAAAAUAUCAAUUUUAAGUUUGAGUUUCUGCCACUUUAUUUGGGACAAGGUAUCUUUGCCAAUGGAAAUGUUUAUUGGCUGGACAUGGAUUUAGAUAGGAUAAUUACCUUCGAUUUGGCUGAGGAAAAGUUUUGUGGAGAUCUUUUUCCACCUCCUUGUCCGCCGGAGAGUGAAUAUGCAAGAAUAGGGGUCAUGGAUGGGUUUUUAUUUGUUGCUGUUAAUCCAGCUGAUGGAGGAGCUAGAUGUUAUGACAUAUGGCUAUUAAAAAAGAAGAAUGACAAUCAUGACAUGAAUGAGGGAGAUGAACAUCAGUCAUUGCUUUGGUGUAGAGAGUUUAGGGUUGACGAUUGUAAAUUAGUAGCCAUAACUAAGAGUGGUGGUGUUUUAACUUCUAUUUAG